GGACAGGGUCAGGGACAAGGCCAGGGAAGCGGUCAGGGUCAAGGACAGGGUCAGGGACAAGGCCAGGGAAGCGGUCAGGGUCAAGGACAGGGUCAGGGACAAGGCCAGGGAAGCGGUCAGGGACAAGGCCAGGGAAGCGGUCAGGGACAAGGCCAGGGAAGCGGUCAGGGACAAGGCCAGGGAAGCGGUCAGGGACAGGGUCAGGGAAGCGGUCAGGGACAGGGUCAGGGAAGCGGUCAGGGUCAGGGUCAGGGAAGCGGUCAGGGUCAGGGUCAGGGAAGCGGUCAGGGUCAGGGUCAGGGAAGUGGUCAGGGUCAGGGACAGGGCCAGGGAAGCGGUCAAGGACAAGGACAGGGCCAGGGUCAGGGACAAGGCCAGGGAAGCGGUCAAGGACAAGGUCAGGGGCAAGGCCAGGGACAAGGCCAGGGAAGCGGUCAGGGACAAGGCCAGGGCCAGGGUCAGGGACAAGGCCAGGGAAGUGGUCAGGGACAAGGUCAGGGACAAGGCCAGGGAAGUGGUCAGGGACAAGGCCAGGGUCAGGGACAAGGCCAGGGAAGUGGUCAGGGACAAGGCCAGGGUCAGGGACAAGGCCAGGGAAGCGGUCUGGGACAGGGACAAGGACAGGGUCAGGGACAAGGCCAGGGAAGCGGUCAGGGACAAGGCCAGGGAAGCGGUCAGGGACAAGGCCAGGGAAGCGGCCAGGGACAGGGACAGGGUCAGGGAAGCGGUCAGGGUCAGGGACAAGGCCAGGGAAGCGGUCAAGGACAAGGACAGGGAGAGGAUCAGGAGAGUCGGGUCAAGUGGACGACCCAUGAUAAAGAUCAGAUCACACACAACAGCUCCUCGUCGCCAGUGAAUGAGAGACGGUAA